CCCUCUCUCUCUCUCUCUCUCUCCAUCACAGAGACUCACCUCCCACGCGUUAAGGAGUCUCAAAUCCCACGCGUUAAGGAGUCUCAAAUCCCACGCGUUGGGUCACUCUCUUCUCCUUCCUGUUCACUCUCUCUCUUCCUCUCCAUCUCUUUGUAGUUUCUAAGCUAUUUUUUCUUCAUCAACGAGUUUAUAUAAACCUUAAUUCGAAAGUCCUUUUUCUCUCUCUCUGAGCUUCGAAAGUCGUUUGCCUCGUCUAUGAAUCCAUAGACACUUUAAUUUGAAAGUGCCUUAUUUAGUAAUUGGCUCCAUGGGCAACUGCUUCGACAAGGGGGGGAGUGCACAAACGGCUCAUAAUUCAGAGAUUUCAAGGCCCUCAAACAGUAGUGCUUUAACCGUGCCCCCUUCUAUGCAAACCAGCGGUUCUGACAGUGGAAAGAGUAACAUAGAGAAUCCCCCAACCCCCCGCACUGAAGGAGAGAUACUAUCGUCCCCAAAUUUAAAGGCAUUUACUUUUAAUGAACUAAAAAAUGCAACGAGAAACUUUCGUCCCGAUAGCCUUAUUGGUGAAGGCGGUUUUGGUUAUGUGUUCAAAGGAUGGAUUGACCAGCAAAGUUUAUCUGCUUCCAAGCCUGGAUCAGGAAUGGUGGUUGCAGUGAAGAAGCUUAAGCCGGAGGGCUACCAAGGCCAUAAGGAAUGGCUGGCAGAGGUCAACUAUCUCGGCCAGCUUCAUCACCCUAAUCUCGUGAAGCUCAUUGGGUAUUGUUUGGAAGGGGAUAACAGAUUAUUAGUGUAUGAAUUCAUGCCAAAAGGCAGUUUGGAGAAUCAUCUUUUCAGAAGGGGGCCGCAGCCUCUCUCUUGGGCUAUACGCAUUAAAGUCGCUGUGGGAGCUGCUCGGGGACUUGCAUUUUUGCACAAUUCUCCCACCCAAGUCAUAUAUCGGGAUUUUAAGGCCUCAAAUAUUCUUUUGGAUACCGAUUUCAAUUCAAAGCUAUCGGACUUUGGAUUGGCUAAGGAUGGGCCUACUGGCGAUAAUACACAUGUAUCAACUCAGGUUGUUGGUACUUAUGGCUAUGCAGCUCCAGAAUAUGUUGCUACAGGCCGUCUGACCACAAGGAGUGACGUGUACAGCUUUGGGGUCGUACUACUUGAGCUACUCACUGGGCGACGAGCCCUUGACAAGUUAAAACCCGGGAUUGAGCAAAACUUAGUCGAUUGGGCUGGCCCCCAACUUAAUGACAGGCGGAAGAUCUUUCGAAUUAUGGAUACAAGGCUUGAGGGCCAAUACUCACAAAAGGGUGCCCUUGCAGCAGCUACCCUUGCUCUCCGAUGCCUCAAUUCUGAUGCCAAGAGCCGACCCCUUAUGGCUGAGGUCCUUGAUACUCUUGAACAAAUCCAACAAUCUUCAUCGAAGGAUAGCUCAAAGCCCAAGCAACCAUCAAACCAUCAUGGUCAAAGGACACGGAACCCCCAUCCACCUUCACCUAGCCCACGUAGGUCGCCUCUCCCAGCCCACCGGUUGCCCACGCGAGUGGGGUGAGGUUGGGUGGUUCAGAUUCUUGUGCCCUCUUUUAUCUUGUAUAUUUUUUGAGUUGUAAUGGUAUUCAAUGCACACAACGAAGUUUCCUAAUAAUGGAGAGUGGAGGAACGACACAUCUGGCCUGUCCAUUAUUUAUCGAGUGAUGGCUAGGAUGAUAUUGAAGCACCGUAGAAAAUUUCAGUGUGCGCAUUGUGGGCGAAACUGUUUGACUUUUUGUUCCAUUUUUUAGGAUGGGAUUCGUCCUAUUGUUGGAGAGUUUUUUGAUCUACAUGUAUAUUGCAAUGUGUUUCAGAAGGUGUUUCGGGAUCUUGGUUUCUUUCUUGUUUACCUUUCAUGGAUUUGUGUGUUUCAGCUGUUUUGGAAUGUUGAUUUCUUUAUGGUUUGGCUUU